AACUGCAGAGCUGGACUCCUAGCAUGAAAAGGGAAAGAUGUGAAGAAGACAGUGUAUGGUUGUCUAAAGGUGUCAGAUCUUAGAUGGUGGAUUUUAAACUGGUAUCUGAGAAGGACCUGCUUGCCCUUGCACUCCUAGGAAAGGAUGCUGGGUGCAUGUGGCAUGCAGAAAUGUCAUCAGGAGGCACUGAAAAAGAAUCGUGUGUCCCUAGCAAAGCAACUAGUGCUAAAAGAACUGAUGGAACACCUUAUAGAAAAGGAUGUAAUCACUGAAGAAAUGAUGGAAAUGAUACAGGCCAAGCCUGGGAGUUUUAGCCAAAACAUUGAAUUACUGAACCUACUUCCUAAGAGGGGCCCCAAAGCCUUCUCAGCUUUUUGUGAAGCUUUACAAGAAACUAAACAGCAACACUUGGAGGAACUGCUACUGAGCACUAUUUCCAGCCAUAGCAACGAGAUUGCAAAAUUGAGUCAUGACUAUGAGGAAAGUCUGUCAUUUCCUGUGUCUGAAUCGGGAAUCUCUCCAAAAAAGCGACGUUGGAAUCAUGCAGAGUCAAUGGAACAUUCCUUGGAUGAUGGAGAUGGCCCUCACUAUCCUCAGGUGAAGCCAUGCACCCCAGAAUUCUAUCGUGCCCAUGACGAUCAGGCAUACAAGUUGAAAUCAUGCCCACGGGGCAUGGCGCUCAUACUUAGCAAUGUGCAUUUCAGCACUGAGACAGAUCUGGAGUUCCGUUCUGGUGGAAAUGUGGACAAUGCUACCCUGAAUAUGCUCUUCAAACAUCUUGGAUACCGGGUGAUUGUAAAAAAUGAUUUGACUGCACAGGAAAUGCAUAGAGUAUUGGAAAAAUUUUCAAAACUUCCAGCUCAUCGAGAUGUAGAUUCCUGCAUUGUAUCUCUUCUCUCCCAUGGCAUAGAAGGUGGGGUAUAUGGUGUGGAUGGCAAGCUACUUCAGUUGCAGGAGGUUUUCAGGCUUUUUGAUAAUGCAAACUGCCCUAAUCUGCAGAAUAAACCCAAAAUGUUCUUCAUUCAAGCAUGCCGAGGAGAUGAGACAGAUCGGGGAGUCGACCAGAUAGAUGGCAGUGAGCGUGCUGACUCCCCAGGUUGUGAAGAGAGUGAUGCCAACAUGAUGGAGAAUCCCAAGCUACGCCUUCCCACUUGCUCCGAUAUGAUCUAUGGAUAUGCCUGCCUGAAAGGCACAGCCGCUAUGAGAAAUACUAAACGUGGAUCCUGGUAUGUCGAGGCUCUCGCCUCUGUGUUUGCGGAGGACUCCAGAAAUACACAUGUGGCUGACAUGCUUGUGAAGGUUAACAGAUUGAUCAAGCACCGUGAAGGCCAUGCCCCUGGCACAGAGUUCCACCGCUGCAAGGAGAUGUCAGAGUACCGUAGCACACUCUGCAAAGACCUUUACCUAUUUCCAGGGUAUUUUCCUGGGAAUUAACCCUUCUGACAAAAGUGCUACUUUCUCAAUGGCCAGCUUUCAUGAGGUAGUCUAUGUUAUUGCCAUGGAACGGCCUCUCUAAAGCUGCCCUUUCUUCCAUAGCGCAGGGGACUGCUGAUUGACUGAUGAGCUACUGCAUAUUGCUACUUGCUCUGUUGUCUCUUACUGAAUUUUGUGAUUUUUUUUUUUACUUGAGGAUUUUAUAUUUCAUCAGAGGCAUCUUAGCCUAUGGAAAGCCAACAUGUAAAUAUUUUUUUUUAAGAUUGUGCUUGCCAGGCCAUCUUUCUUGUUUUUGGUGCAAACUCCCAUGCACAUCACCUUUUCAAACCUUAUUUGGCAACUUUUGAUGCCUGUAACCCAUUUUAUGAGUUAUUAACUUUUAAUCCUUGCACCAAAACCUAAGCAUAAUGAAGAGCACCUUAAUGAUUACCAGUUUGAAAAUAUGUAUCAUAAAACAGAAUGUGAAAAACCUUUUCACAGUGCUUUUAUAGAAAAAAAAGUGAAAACAAAGGUUAUUUUUUAAAAAAUAGUUUUUUUACACAGAAUUUUAUUCUUUAAGAUACAUUCAUUUUGUUUUGCUUAGUUGCUCAUCCAGUUGACAGGAUGACUUGGUGAGCUGAAAAGGGAGCCUCAUCCCAAAAAAUAAAGAGGUGCAAAUUAAUGAAGCUGUUUCGAAUAGGUGCAUCAGUGUUAAAGUUGUCUUGUAUCCUUCAACAACCUAUCUGAUGCAGAUGCACUUACAAUUAUAUUUUGUUAAAUGUAGCUGUUGCUUCUGCUUGAUGUUUAACAUAUAUUAUCAUGAGGAAAUUGAUACCGAGUACUUGGCUGUACAUUUUCUCAAUAAGUCACUUGGAUGCCAUUUAUAAGGCUUUUUAGGAAGAGUCUAAAUUCAUCAGUUGGCUUAAUAAGCCAAAAUAUGGCUGUGUCUUGUCCCUCUGCAUGCAGCCACUUUUAUCUUUUCCUUUGUAUAAGAGAGCGUGUGGAGGCCCUGAAGAAUUUUGUCAGCUAUAAUUUCCUGUUUAGGCCAGAGUGGAAACCUGUGGUUAAUGGAUUCAGAACAAGGCAAGUAGGCCAAUAAAGGUUGAAGUUGGAUUUCAUGUCCUAGCUUGUACUAAAGUUGUAAACUAGAAUUUAGGAUUAAUGGGGAUCUAGAAUUAAUUGAAGACUUUGGCUUGUUUGGUCACUUAUGCAGAUGGAGGCAUGAAGUGCUAAGAUAUCAGUGAACAUUUUUAUUUCUAGUGCCUGUUAACACCUUCAUAAGAACACUGUUCUUGGCUUUUCCUUUGCCUGUUGGAACUUUAGUAAUUACUGGUUUCCCCAGCUGAUGGCAUUAGUUUCAUCCUGAGACGUUAUUCUUAGAGUUGCUAAAAACAUUUUGUCUUUUAAAAUAAAAAUGAAUAAUUUGUCUUAGCCAAAGCUGGCUUCUCCAGUCAUAUAUAGCAGGACAUCAUUUGCUGUUCUAGAUACUGUAUGUCCACACUAGUAGCUUGUUCAGUCAUUUGGAAAUAGCAUUUGCGCAACACAGGUAGAGGGCAGCACUCUGGUUCUAUCCAUCUGUUUUUUUGGAGAGCAGGAGGUGUGACGAGGGGAGCCUGCCCUCUGUCAGGACUCUGUAUGAAUUGGAACCAUGCGCUCUUCUCUUCAGACUAAAUGCUCCCCAGGCAUUGGAGAAGAGUGACACCAGAAACAGAGGGGAUGGGACUGCUUUGAUUAAUAAACAAAACUUCUGAACAUCUGAAUAAGACUAAUGUCUGAACAGACACUGGGUAGCAAGAUGACCUUCACAGUUUUUUGUUAGAAUCUGUUUACAACUUGGUCUCACCUCCCAUUAUUGUAACUACAGUAAUACCUCGCUUUGCGAAGGAAGUUUCCCCACGUCUGGAGGUUUGUAGUGCUGCCUGCAGUUGUGGUUUAACCGCUGUACUGCAGCCAGAACUGUGCUCACGACUUGGGGUUCAAUCCCAGGUAGUCAACUCAGCCUUCUGUCCU